UGUUGUUCUGCUGCCCUUUGGAGCUGGGAGCGCUCCGUUGCAGCCGCCAUUGCUUCUUCGUCCUCAGCGUCCUUCCCCGGCAGGGCUGCGGCUCCCGCCGGAGGUGCCGGUGGCCGGCUUUAGGGAGCGAUGACGACGGUGCGGAGGGAGGCGUUCGGGCGGAUGCCCCCGGAGGAGGGAGGCGGAGAGGUGGAGAAGUUCGUCUUACAGUCGGACAGCGUGAGAGUGGAGAUCCUGUCUUUUGGGUGCAUCAUCACCACUCUGGAGACAAAAGACAGGGAUGGGCAGUUUUCAGAUAUUGUCCUGGGAUUUGACACUUUGGAAGGUUACACGGGGAAGCACCCGUUCUUUGGUUGUGUUGUGGGCCGUGUUGCCAACAGGAUUGCGAACGGGAAGUUCAGCCUGGAUGGGAAGGAGUAUCAGCUGUUCAUCAACAAUGGGCCCAACAGCCUGCAUGGAGGAGCCAAGGGAUUUGACAAGUUUCUCUGGAGCGCCGAGGUGCUCCCGAAUGGUGUCCGCUUCUUCCGGCUCAGCCCCGACGGCGAGGAAGGCUACCCUGGUGACCUGAAAGUCUGGGUCACCUACACCCUUAGUGGCAAGGAGCUGGCCAUCAACUACCAGGCCCAGACCAGCAAGACAACCCCCAUCAGCCUGACAAACCAUGCGUACUUCAACCUGGCAGGGCAGGGCUCCCGGGAUGUCUAUGACCAUGAGAUCUCCAUUGAAGCAGAUUCCUACCUGCCUGUGGACAGCACCCAGAUCCCUACUGGGGAGGUGGCCUCCGUGCAGGGCACUGGAUUUGAUCUCCGGAAGCCUGUGGAGCUGGGCAAGCACUUGCAGAAGUUUCACCUGGAUGGCUUUGACCACAAUUUCUGCCUGCAUCAGGGACAGGAUCGACGCCUUGGGGCCAGGGUUUUCCACCCCCCCACCGGCAGGACCAUGGAGGUUCACACCACCCAGCCUGGCAUCCAGUUUUACACUGGGAACUUCCUGGAUGCCUCCCUGAAGGGCAAAAGUGCUGCCACAUACCCCAAGCACUCAGCUUUCUGCCUGGAAACCCAGAACUGGCCUGAUGCCGUUAACAAGCCUCACUUCCCCAAUGCCCUGCUCCGUCCGGGUGAGGAAUACAACCACACCACGUGGCUUGUGUUCGGCACUGCUUGAGGAGGAGGGCUGCUGACUCCCAGCACUGAGAGGGGACUUGCACUUCGUUGAGGGCUUCCUGAUGGUGAAUGGCUGAAAGGAAAACAAUCCACAAUUAACAUUUCAGUAGUUGCUUGGGAAUCACAAAUACAGGAAAAAGCAACAGGAGUAUACCAAGACUCUGGCUCCCUUCAAGCACUUUUUAAAUAAAAUAACCAAUCACUACUGACAAAAGUUAAUGGGUUGAUGAUCUGGAGAUAACACUUUCUUUCUUUACUGUUAUUUUAAAAAUGAGAUCACUGUAAGGCCAUCCAAAGGAUAUUACUAAUAGUGACCUCCACAGGGGCAAGAUACUUCUUCUCUGUUCUGAUACAGCAGCUUGUCAAAACCUAUCAUGGUGAUCACUCAGCAUUUAUGAGCACUUUUUCAUGCCCUUGUGAUUGCUUGACACUAAAGUUGUAGAAAUGAACUAUUAAAGAAUUCUAAAUAGGAAAAAAAAUGCUGCAGAUUCUGUCACUCCACAUAUUCUACACAUUACUCUGUGCAUACACACAGAGAGAGAAGACUAUUUACUGACUUACUGCAAAAGAAAAAAAUUAUCUAACAGCAGUGAACAUAACAGGCCUGAUUUUUCAUUCCUGACUGCUGUGCCAGGGUACUGUACCUUCCUGGGUACCUUCCCCAAUGUCAAUGUAGCUUUUAAUGAGACUAAAGGCUGAUUUCCUACAUUUAUUCUAUGCUUUAAGCUCAUGAGUCUCUGUGCAAUAAAACUGUCAGUGAACCAAAGGAACAGGGGAGCAGACAACAACAAAACACUGCUACGUAACCCUGAGCAUUUAUCACCACAUAUACACAUUACCAUAUAAAAAGCCUCAACCACAACAUUAUUGCUGUGAAAGAGAUCUCAG